CGCGGCGGGCGCAGAGCCAGACAGCCACUGACCAAACGCUCCCACCAACUCUCUCCGGAGACCGAACGGAGCGAAGGGGAGAGAUCGCCCACCGGCGGCGAGGCGAGGAUAGCUGAGGAGGGGAAGAUGGCCGGCGGAGAGGGCGUGGAGGAAGGGUGGAGGAAGAGCGGCAUCGAGGUGAGCACCCUGCAGUUUGGCUACGACGGGCAGGCGCCGCUCUUCGCGCGCUUCAACCUCCGCGUCGCCCCUGGCUCCCGCUGCCUCCUCGUCGGCGCCAAUGGAUCCGGCAAGACCACUCUUUUGAAGAUUCUUGCGGGGAAACAUAUGGUUGGAGGAAGGGAUGUUGUCCGUGUUCUGAAUGGUUCUGCUUUUCAUGACACACAGUUUGUGUGCAGUGGUGACCUUUCCUACUUGGGUGGUUCUUGGAGUAGGACUAUUGGUUCAGCUGGUGAUGUUCCCCUACAAGGCGAUUUCUCUGCCGAGCACAUGAUCUUUGGAGUUGAUGGUGUUGAUCCUGUUAGGCGGGAGAAGCUGAUUGAUCUAUUAGAUAUUGAUCUGCAAUGGCGCAUGCAUAAAGUUUCAGACGGACAGCGCCGAAGGGUACAAAUUUGCAUGGGUCUUCUUCAUCCAUACAAGGUACUCUUACUUGAUGAAAUCACCGUUGAUCUUGAUGUCGUGACCAGGAUGGAUCUCCUUGACUUCUUUAAGGAAGAGUGUGAACAGAGAGAAGCUACCAUCGUCUAUGCUACUCAUAUAUUUGAUGGGUUGGAGACAUGGGCUACCGACAUUGCGUACAUCCAAGAAGGCGAGCUGAGAAAAUCUGCAAAGUACUCGGACAUCGAAGAGCUAAAGAAUGCCAAGAACUUGCUGUCAGUUGUGGAGUCAUGGCUGAAAUCUGAGACCAAACUCCCGAAGAAAGAACCCAUCCGUGCCGAGAGCCAGCCCAGGCGCUCCUCCCCGUUUGACGCAUCUCCUUUCCGAUCAUCACGCCACAUGGCCUACUACAGAUGAUGAUUGUCUGCACCUGUACACCUAUUCUAUGUCUCAUACAACUCUGGGAUUUGUCUCGUUUUUUGCUCCUCAUCCUGUAUACGGCAGUGUAUCUAAAAAACAAAGCAAGGCGGGCUUAAUUACCCUAUUAUGUAAUGUGCCUAUCCCGUCCUUUACUGUACUUCUUUCUGAUAAUCCCUUCCGGUACUGUAUUAUGUGAAUUCAGUCUAUGUACUCUUUCUUCAAGAAAGGCUUGAUGUUUGUUGAUAAA